AAAUUUCUGUUUUUCUUUGCUCUACCGUGCUUCGAAAGUAAAUUAUAACGGGUGUGUUCUACGAAAUUUCGAAACUUUUGAAAGUUUGUUAGAAAAAAAUAUGUCAGAACCCUUACAAUUUUGCAUCAGGAAACCCCAUUUUUUACGGGCUUUCAUUUGGUAUAAAAUUCAUUAGGGUUGGUAUUUAGAAUUGUAGCGUUACCCCCUGGAAUAAUAUUAUUUCCAACCCUGUACAAGUUAUAAUAACGAUGAUGAUGUUAAACAUUUUUGUCGAAAAUUAAUGGCUCUACCUUUACUUCCUGAACCUAUUAUUGAAGAUACUUAUGAUGAUUUAUUAGCUGCAACAGCAACAGAAUUAAAAAAAACUUGAUGAUUUGUUAGAAUAUUUUCAAGAACAAUGGUUUACGAAAGUUCCAAUAUCUCAAUGGUGUGUACAUGGUCUUAGUUUCAGAACGAAUAAUAAUGCAGAAGCAUUUCACAGUCGUUUCAAUCGACGAGUUCAACUUAAUCAUCCAAACAUUUGGUCGUUCAUAAAGUUUCUUCAAGAAGAAGAAAAUCGUUUUCAUCACUUAAGUAUUCAAUUUCAUGCAGGUUUAGGAACACGACCUAAGCAAAUUAAAACAAUUGCAAUUCAACGUCGUAUCGAUAAUCUUGGUGAACGAUAUUACGAUGGUGUUAUAAAUGCCAUGGAAUACUUAGAUGGCUUAUCAUUCAUUGUUGCAAAACGAAAAAAAUGA